AUGACCCUCCUGGUCGCCCGCUACGCGCUCCGGUGGCAGGGACCGCCCGGAGGCCGUGCCUUGUCCCGCGCCGUCAUGGAGGUGGCCUUCCGAGGCGUGCGGAAAGUCCUCUGUGUGGCCGAGAAAAACGACGCGGCCAAGGGGAUCGCCGACCUGCUGUCUAGCGGUCGCAUGAGGCGGAGAGAAGGACUUUCUAAAUUCAACAAGAUCUAUGAAUUUGAUUAUCAUCUAUAUGGCCAGAAUGUUACCAUGAUAAUGACUUCGGUUUCUGGACAUUUGUUGGCUCAUGAUUUCCGGAUGCAGUUUCGAAAAUGGCAGAGCUGCAACCCCCUUGUCCUCUUUGAAGCAGAAAUUGAAAAGUACUGCCCAGAGAAUUUUGUAGACAUCAAGAAAACUCUGGAACGAGAGACACGGCAGUGCCAGGCUCUGGUGAUCUGGACUGACUGUGAUAGAGAAGGUGAAAACAUCGGAUUUGAGAUCAUCCACGUGUGCAAGGCUGUGAAGCCCAGUCUGCCGGUGUUGCGAGCCCGUUUCUCUGAGAUCACACCCCGUGCCAUCAGGAUGGCCUGUGAAAACCUGGCCGAGCCUGAUCAGAGAGUGAGCGACGCUGUGGAUGUGAGGCAGGAGCUGGAUCUGAGAAUAGGAGCUGCCUUCACCAGGUUCCAGACGCUGCGGCUUCAGAGGAUUUUCCCUGAGGUGCUGGCAGAGCAGCUCAUCAGUUAUGGCAGCUGCCAGUUCCCCACACUGGGCUUCGUGGUGGAGAGGUUCAAAGCCAUCCAGGCUUUCGUGCCAGAGGUCUUCCACAGGAUUAAAGUAACUCAUGACCACAAAGAUGGCAUCGUAGAAUUCAACUGGAAAAGGCAUCGACUCUUCAACCACACAGCUUGUCUUGUCCUCUAUCAGUUGUGUAUGGAGGAUCCUGUGGCAACCGUGGUGGAGGUCAGAUCUAAGCCUAAGAGCAAGUGGCGGCCUCAAGCUUUGGACACUGUGGAGCUUGAGAAGCUGGCUUCUCGCAAGUUGAGAAUAAACGCUAAAGAAACCAUGAGGAUUGCUGAAAAGCUCUACACUCAAGGGUACAUCAGCUAUCCCCGGACGGAAACAAACAUUUUUCCCAGAGACUUAAACCUGACAGCGUUGGUGGAACAGCAGACCCCAGAUCCACACUGGGGAGCCUUUGCCCAGAGCAUUCUGGAGCGGGGCGGCCCCACCCCACGCAACGGGAACAAGUCUGACCAAGCUCACCCUCCCAUCCAUCCCACUAAAUAUACCAGCAGCCUGCAGGGAGAUGAACAGCGACUGUAUGAGUUUAUCGUUCGCCAUUUCCUGGCUUGUUGCUCCCAGGAUGCUCAGGGGCAGGAGACCACUGUGGAGAUUGACAUUGCUCAGGAGCGCUUUGUGGCCAACGGCCUCAUGAUUCUGGCCCGAAACUAUCUGGACGUGUAUCCAUAUGAUCGCUGGAGUGACAAGAUCCUCCCUGUCUAUGAGCAAGGCUCCCGCUUUCAGCCCAGCACCGUGGAGAUGGUGGAUGGGGAGACCAGCCCGCCCCAGCUGCUCACCGAGGCCGACCUCAUCGCCCUCAUGGAGAAGCAUGGCAUUGGUACUGAUGCCACCCACGCCGAGCACAUCGAGACCAUCAAAGCCCGGAUGUACGUGGGACUCACCCCAGACAAGCGGUUCCUCCCUGGGCACCUUGGCAUGGGACUUGUGGAAGGUUAUGAUUCCAUGGGCUAUGAGAUGUCUAAGCCUGACCUCCGGGCUGAGCUGGAAGCUGAUCUGAAGCUGAUCUGUGAGGGCAAGAAGGACAAAUUGGUGGUUCUGAGGCAGCAGGUGCAGAAAUACAAGCAGGUUUUCAUUGAAGCAGUGACUAAAGCGAAGAAAUUGGACGAGGCCUUGGCCCAGUACUUUGGGGAAGGGACAGAAGUGGGCCAGCAGGAAGAGAUCUACCCAACUAUGCCGCAGCCCAUCAGGAAGUGCCCACAGUGCAACAAGGACAUGGUCCUCAAGACCAAGAAGAGUGGCGGGUUCUACCUCAGCUGCACGGGUUUCCCAGAGUGUCGAACGGCCAUGUGGUUUCCCGACUCGGUGCUGGAGGCCAGCAGGGACGGCAGCGUGUGUCCGGUCUGUCAGCCACAGCCUGUGUACAGGUUGAAGUUCAAGUUUAAGCGUGGUAGCCUUCCCCCAACCAUGCCUCUGGAGUUUGUUGGCUGUGUCGGCGGAUGUGAUGAAACCCUGAGGGAGAUCCUAAACCUAAGAUUUUCACGGGGCCCCCCCAGAGCUAGCCAGCCCUCUGGCCACCUGCAGGCUAGCCAGUCCCUGAACAGGAUGGAUGGCAGCCAGCACAGCCACCCCCAACCUCCUGGCAACAGACAGGCUGGGCCCGCAAAGGCUCUGGCCCAGCUCCUCCCCCCACCCACUGCUGCUGGUGAAAGCAACUCCGUGACCUGCAACUGUGGCCAAGAGGCUGUGCUGCUCACUGUCCGGAAGGAGGGCCCCAACCAGGGCCGGCAGUUCUAUAAGUGCAAUGGGGGUGGCUGCAACUUCUUCCUGUGGGCAGACAGUGGCCAUCCAGAAGCAGGAGGGCCUGCUGCCCCGGCAUCAAGACCCCCAGGUGGUUCUCUGGGACGCCUGCCAGGCUCAGGGAGCCACCUGGGUGGGUUUGGCAGCCCUGGUGAUGGCAGUGGUAGUGGCACGUCCUGCCUAUGCAGCCAGCCCACUGUCACACGGACUGUGCAGAAGGACGGGCCCAAUAAGGGGCGCCAGUUCCAUACGUGUGCCAAGCCAAGAGAGCAGCAGUGCGGCUUCUUCCAGUGGGUCGACGAGAACAUGGCGCCAGGGACUUUGGGAGCCCCACCCUGGCCAGGAGGGAGAGGAAGAACCGAGGGUCCAGAGGCCAGAAGCAAAAGACCCCGGGCCAACUCCGCAGACCCAGCGUCUACAGCUAAGAAACCCCGGAAGUGCAGCCUUUGCCACCAGCCUGGACACACUCGUCCUUUCUGUCCUCAGAACAGAUGAGGGCGGGGUAGGGUAGUGAGGGCCACUUUCUCAGACCUGCCCCCUUAAUGAGUUAACCAGGACCAGGUGGCCGUUCGUUGUCCUAGAAGCUGAGAAAGCAUCGCACCUUCCCGUGUUAAGGGGCACAAGGUCCAUACCACUGUCUAGAGAAGGUCAGCGCUGCUGGACAGGGGCCCUCUGCCCAGGGCUCAGAAAUGACCGUAGCCGCUGCUGAGAAGUCACACAUCUGCUUCCUGUGACCCUCCGCCCCAAGGAUAGUCACAAGUUAGGCAGGUCACAGUUAA